AUGUGUUGCAUCAUGAGAUAAGGAUGAUAAGGGACUAUGAACAGGAAACCAGUACGUGCCAAAGUUUUGAUCUGUAGUGUGUUCAUCUCUUGAUCAAUUAUUUAGUGGAUUUCGUUGAUAAAAUAAGCAAUAAACACACAGUAUUCCAGAUUGGGAUCAUUGGAUAAAACAGUAGAACUUAAUAAAUGAGAACCACCUCUUCAAGACCUUCUGGGUUCCAGUGUAUAGAUUCUGAUGAUAUUAAACGUCUCAAGCAGACGGAUGUACAGUUACAUCCCCUUACAUUACCUAUAACCCAUAGAACCACCAGGUCCCCGUCAGGUGCCAAGACUUGUGCCUGGUCACCAGAUAAUACUUAUUUUGCUUGGCCAUGUGGUGGAGGAAAGGUUGAACUGGUACCCUGGGAUAACAGAGAAAACAAAAUAGUGUUAAAUGAGGAUAUAUUAUUAUAUGAAGACGCAGAGAAUGUAACGUUACAUUUAGAUGGAAAUUUACAACAACAGAAUGAACAGAGACCAACUAGAAUUUUAGAUGGGGUUGAAGUUGUUUGGUCCGUUGCCUUUGGAUCUGGUUCUACAAAAGGAGAUAAUACUUUGACGUGGAAACAUUUGAAAGUAGACGAGGGUCUGCUACUAGCCACUGGUCAUCAGAAUGGUAACAUUAAAGUUUGGGACUGUAAUACAGGCAAACUUCUCCUUAUGUUAAAAGACCAUAAAGACAUCGUUAAAAGUUUAAACUUUGCUCCAGAUGGAAGCCUUAUUCUUUUGUCAGGCUCCAGAGAUGGAACUAUUAAAUUUUGGGACCUUAACGACGAUGGAAAUAUGUAUAAAUCACUGCGAGGCAAUACUAAAUGGGUGUAUGAUACGAAAUGGUCACCCAAAUGUGAUAUGAUUGCUAGUGUUGGCAGUGGAAAAACUGUGAUACUAUGGGAUUUGUUGAAUAACUUUUCUCCGUCUCAUUUACAUGGACAUUACCAUGAUGUUAUUGGAUGUUGUUUCUCACCAGAUGGCGCCUUAUUAGCUACUGCAUCUUUUGAUACCAGAGUUAUAUUGUGGGAUGUAUAUACAGGACAGUCGCUUCAAGAACUUUGCCACAUGUACCCUCCUCCCCGACCAAUAUUUGCAGCUGGAGCGAAUGAAUUUUAUAUUCGAGGAAUCUCAUUUCAUCCACACGGUCAGAUGGUCCUUACCAUUAAUGAUGAUGGGUAUGUGAGAUGUUGGGACUUAGAAGAAGAUGACAAUGACCCAUCAUACGUUGUUGAGCAAGCAAAUGCUCUUUACUGCACAUUCUCACCAAAAGGUCAACGAAUCUCAGUCGGGGAUAAAGACGGAACGAUCAGAUUUUAUCAGACUCCGCCAAAAGUAGCUCGUCUCCAACAUCUCAGCCGAAUGGUCGUAAGGAAGCAUGUCAAAUCAACAAAAAUCGACUUCCUACGAUUACCGUGUAGAAUAAAGGAAUAUCUGAAGUAUCACAACUUCACAAAGACUGGAUAAAACAACAGUCAAAUAUUUAACUGACUUUUUAUAUUGUUAGUUUUCCACUCCCUGUUCCGACUAAAGAAUCUCCGAUUUCCUCUGGAGGGCAGCUAGGUGAUUGGGAAACUCUUAUGAUACAGCUUUAAAAACAAAACAGAUGGAUUGAAUAAUUUUCAUGGCACAUUGAAAACUUAUACAUUUGGUGCAUUAAAACUGAUGAAUAACUAUUUCUGAUUCAUCAAAGUUAUAAUUAAGUGAUUUCUUUUCAUCGUGUUUUAGUUUAUUAUUCUUCUUUCAGUCUUAUCCUAGAAUGAUAUGUUUAAAUACCUGUAAGUUGUGAUGUUUAAUGGUUGAUACUGAAUUCUAUGUAUUUAAAUGAGAUUAUUUUAUCCUAUUUCUUUGUCUGAAAUAUAGAUAAUGAUUGGUCAUCCUUAUAGAUAAUAUUUUAUUUACUUAAUAGGCUAUCAAGGAAAUGAAUGAAGAAUUAUAACAAGUUUAGAAUAAGCGUCACUUUUAUAUUAGUAUUUUCAGGAUGACCUUAUCUUUGCCAAAAUGUUUAUAUUUAUAUACAAAGUGCCUUUCUGUAAUUUACCAUAAGUUUUCUUUAAAAAAAUCCAGAUUUUCUACUUUGAUAAAAAUGAAAUAUGUCAAAUAAGAUUUUUUUUCCUGAUACAAACCAGGUACUGAUACUGUUUCAACAGACAAACAAUACCAUGGAAACAGUAAAACCAGUUUUAAUGAAACAUUCUUGAAAUGAGACUAGUUUGUCAACUUUACACUAUAUCAUUAAUUCAAAAAAGUUUGAAGGUGUACCUCCAUAUAAUAAUGAUUCGAUUGUUAUUAGUUGAUAAAUUUUUUAAUAUUUUUUAACAAUUUUGAAAUAAAGGGACCAAAAAAGAGGCUUAAUAGUACUUUCUCUUUUUAACAUGGAUUUCUUUUUUUUUAUUUCAAAUUAUCAUUUUCAUAAUGACAGAAAAAGGUUUCAUGUAUUUGGGUUAAUGUAGCAUGAAAGGACUUUAAAUUCAAAGUUAUAAGUCAAAGAGCAUGCCAAGAACUGAAUGAUUUGUAUGGCUGCUCACAGCUCAGAAGAUAGGCAUAUCAGUAAGAAAUAGAAUAUGCUCUAUACCACAUACAUUAAAUAAGAGUUAAUUCCCUUGAUAACAUACUUUAAAUUUAGAGUAAUUUCCACUGAUAAAUUCCAUCUUUGUAUUGAGGUAUUUCAAGGUAUUAUUAAUUAACAAAACCACAUUAACAGUUCUAAAACUCCCUCAAUCCUUUAUUUUAUAUGUAAUUUUUUCUGUUUAUUUGUUAUAUAUUAUUGUUAAUUAUGUCAAAUUUUUUUCCAGGUGUUUUUUUUGGCCUGUGUACAUAUUUUCUUAUACAUAUGUAUAGAUGUAAAUAAUUGUACAGCUUUGUGAUUAAAGUAAUUAAUACUCC